CAAUAUUGCAAUGGAUUACACUUUUUACAACAGACGAGUCCAAAGGUAUUUACUUGGAAAACCGGGGGACCAGUCUCUUUGAGGUUACGGAAAGGGACGAAUGGUAACGAAUGUUUCAUUGUGUGAGAAAUGUGCCAAUGGGUGAUCAGGAAACGCACCACGUGAUCUGGUGUAUAGGUGAUUCCCUAUACGUGAUUUCCAGGCACAAAACCCAGUUGAGACAGGGAGAACUUCUGCAGUUAAUUACAGUUAACUAAUGUGAAACUCACGUCAUGGAGGAUAGACCGACGACAACGUCAGCAACGACUACUGUUCAGGGAGGCAACAACAACGAUGGAAAUGAUCGUGAAACUUGCGUCAUGGAGGACAGACCGACGACCAAUCAACACGGAGGAAUGCAGCUCGGCAACAACAACAGCAUCACUUACAAAAGCUGCGCCAUCACUUACAUCACGAACAUCACCAACAACUGCAAACAAUGUCACCAAGCUGAGGAACAUGUUGUGUCAGCAGAUACACCACGUGACCUCAUGUUACGUUCACCUGUAAACACGACGACCAGUGUGAGGCUUGUUGACUGUCAGGGGAGAGAACUGGAGCUGGGGGAUGUAGUGAUGUUGGCGUGGUUAGAAGAUACACCACGUAACCUGAUCCCAAGUUCCUCUGUACACACGACCACCAGGGAGAUGGUUGUUGACCGUACGGGGAGAGAACUGGAGCUGGGGGAUGUGGUGGAGGCUGAAGGAGAUAUAAAAGUGGCUAUCUACGCAGGUGGGUAUGAUGGCGUUGUUGCAGGAGACGGGAUGGUCAUCGGAUUGGACACGAAGACUCGGAAGAUCGUCCACGAACCAAUAAAUGUGGUGGAACCUUUCACUUCACGUUCACCACAAGAUCUGAACAUGAGUCCUAAAUUCAGCCCCAUGGAGAUUGUAGAGAGAGCCAAGUCCAUUGUCGGUCCCAGGAAUCCUGAUGGACCGGUGGACAUUGUGUUCUGGUGCUGCACAGACAUGACAUUGGACGAGUGGGUCGUAUGCAAUGAAGUACACGCCACAAAUCCUGAAAUUGUGCGUCUACGAAGUCUGAAUGCCGCCCACUCAGUUCCGUUCCCGACCAAUUGACAGACAAUGCCUGACCAUUGAUCACACUACAACUCGCCGACUGAUGAUCUCCUGUGAAUGAGACUUAUAAAGAAUGAAGCAUUGUAUCUGAUACACAAUGAAGGUGUAUUUCAAACAUUUGGCUGGUGUUUCUAGCAUGUAAUUUCAAGUUGGGUGUUUUUAGCUGAUUGAAUUUCUCUACUGUGUGUUUUAAUAUAUAUAUAUAUAAAUCUAAUUCUGGUUCACUGAUGCAUGCUUGACGUCUACAUAAGUGCGUGCCAUGUCAAGUAAACAAUGUAAAACCCUCAAUCAGCUCGUCUAUUAAAUUAUUAAAAUG